GGCACCGCACAAGGAGCCUAAGGCUCCACUAGAGGAGCCCAACCUCAGGACGAGCCAACAACCCCGCUGCACACCUGGCUCCCUCUGCUUCCAACCCGGAAUUUUGCUCUGCAUCCGAGAAAAACUUGAAGCCCAAAAUGUUCCUGUCUAACACCACGACUGUGGUGCCCUUCCUGACCACGCUGUGGCAGGAGACCGCUGAACAGAGUGGCAAUGUGUCGGGCCUGGCUCGCAAGUCUCAUCUCCGAGAUGACAGCAAGCUGGAAGCUCUUUACAUCCUCAUGGUGCUGGGUUUCUUUGGCUUCUUCACCCUGGGCAUCAUGCUGAGUUACAUCCGGUCCAAGAAGCUGGAGCACUCGCAUGACCCAUUCAAUGUGUACAUUGAGUCGGACGCCUGGCAGGAGAAAGACAAAGCCUUCUUCCAGGCCCGUGUUCUGGAGAGCUUCAGAGCCUGCUAUGUCAUUGAAAACCAGGUGGCUGUAGAACAGCCUGCCACACACCUUCCGGAACUGAAGCCUUUGCCAUGAACCCCAUAGCUCAUUAUGCGUAGACAAGCCCUACAUGUGACAAUCUCAUCUUUCUAGUUACAAGCCUGUCAUAGUCUUUAUUGUAGAGGUACCAUCAGAGUUUUUGAUAUUGAAGGGUUGAGGAAUGAAUUAAAAACACUACUUUCCUAAAAUCACGUUCCUUCUCUAGUAGAUGAUCAAUUAAUUUUACAGACCUACCCUUGUCUUUUUUAAAUGUAGCAGAGACCCAACAAUGUGACCUCUGAGAAUGUAAGCUGAAUUUCCCCAAAUCUUCCGACAUUAGCAGGGCCACAUGACUAAGUUCUGGUCAGAAGACCUGAACACGAUGAGUCCAGUAGCCUUUGAAAAGGGAAGGUCAUGUCCUCCAUCUCCCUUGUCCCCCACAGGACACUGACACACUUGAGACAGCUCUGAUGGAAAAGCAAUCCACUCUCAGUGGUGUAGAUGGCACAGGACCCUCACCUUCGUGCACUGCCCACCUGCCUAGGUCUUAGAAAGAGUUUUGCCCUCAGCCCCUGCAGUUACUGCUUAUUGGUCUCUGCUAACGUCACAGAACUGGUAUCCAAAUACAGUGUCCCUUUGUUCACAACUGUGGCUCUAUCCUCUUUCUGUCUCCCCUUCCUCCCUUAUCACACACCUCUCUUGCAUUCCUUAUACACACAGA